CCCGUCCCCGCCGGGCGGCCGCGGGUGGGUAGAGGUGCGCGCCUGGGACCUGAACAUGGACUUCCCGUGCCUCUGGCUAGAGCUGUUGCUGCCUUUGGUAGCUGCGCUGGAUUUCAACUACCACCACCAGGAAGGGAUGGAAGCGUUUUUGAAGACUGUUGCCCAAAACUACAGUUCUAUCACUCACUUACACAGUAUUGGGAAAUCUGUGAAAGGUAGAAACCUGUGGGUUCUUGUUGUGGGGCGGUUUCCAAAGGAACACAGAAUUGGGAUUCCAGAGUUCAAAUACGUGGCAAAUAUGCAUGGAGAUGAGACUGUUGGGCGGGAGCUGCUGCUCCAUCUGAUUGACUAUCUCGUAACCAGUGAUGGCAAAGACCCUGAAAUCACAAAUCUGAUCAAUAGUACCCGGAUACACAUCAUGCCUUCCAUGAACCCAGAUGGAUUCGAAGCCGUCAAAAAGCCUGACUGUUAUUACAGCAUCGGAAGGGAAAAUUAUAACCAGUAUGACUUGAAUCGAAAUUUCCCCGAUGCUUUUGAAUAUAAUAAUGUCUCAAGGCAGCCUGAAACUGUGGCAGUCAUGAAGUGGCUGAAAACAGAGACGUUUGUCCUCUCUGCAAACCUCCAUGGUGGUGCCCUCGUGGCCAGUUACCCAUUUGAUAAUGGUGUUCAAGCAACUGGGGCAUUAUACUCCCGAAGCUUAACGCCUGAUGACGAUGUUUUUCAAUAUCUUGCACAUACCUAUGCUUCAAGAAAUCCCAACAUGAAGAAAGGAGAUGAGUGUAAAAACAAAAUGAACUUUCCUAAUGGUGUUACAAAUGGAUACUCUUGGUAUCCACUCCAAGGUGGAAUGCAAGAUUACAACUACAUCUGGGCCCAGUGUUUUGAAAUUACGUUGGAGCUGUCAUGCUGUAAAUAUCCUCGUGAGGAGAAGCUUCCAUCCUUUUGGAAUAAUAACAAAGCCUCGUUAAUUGAAUAUAUAAAGCAGGUGCACCUAGGUGUAAAGGGUCAAGUUUUUGAUCAGAAUGGAAAUCCAUUACCCAAUGUAAUUGUGGAAGUCCAAGACAGAAAACAUAUCUGCCCCUAUAGAACCAACAAAUAUGGAGAGUAUUAUCUUCUUCUCUUGCCUGGGUCCUAUAUAAUAAAUAUUACAGUCCCUGGAUAUGAUCCACACCUCACAAAGGUGAUUAUUCCAGAGAAAUCCCAGAACUUCAGUGCUCUUAAAAAGGAUAUUCUACUUCCAUUCCAAGGGCAAUUGGAUUCUAUCCCAGUAUCAAAUCCUUCAUGCCCAAUGAUUCCUCUAUACAGAAAUUUGCCAGACCACUCAGCUGCAACAAAGCCUAGUUUGUUCUUAUUUUUAGUGAGUCUUUUGCACAUAUUCUUCAAAUAAAGUAAAAUGUGAAACUCAACCCACAUCACCACCUGGAAUCAGGGAUUGCUCAUUGCAGGUUACUGCAACCCUAACUCACUCUAGUGGGACCUUGACUGGAGAAACUCCAUCAUCUUCCUGAAGAAGAGAAAUGGAUGUUUCCAAAUUCCACAAUAAGCAAUAUGUGGUGAUAAUGAAAAGAAUGAUUCAGUCUUGACGAUGAAUGGAAGACACUUACCUAACAAAUACUGCUCAUUUACACUGAAAUUAAUCUUGAAGUAGUCUUAAAAUGCGUAAGAAGUUAAAACUUGAAAAGCAAAAAAAUGCCUGCAAAAAGAAGAUCAUUUUGUAUACAGAAAACCAGAUGAAUAUAAGCAAAUGAAGAUGAACAUUUAUUGAUCUUCUACAUACAAGACUUCACCAUAAGGCCAGGAGCAGUGGCUCACACCUUGUAAUCCCAGCACUUUGGGAGGCCAAGGUGGGCGGAUCACCCUGAGGUCAGGAGUUCAAAACCAGCCUGACCAACAUGGUGAAACCCUGUCUCUACUAAAUAUUAGCAGGGCGUGGUGGUGGGCAACUGUAAUUGCAGCCUUUUGGGAGGCUGAGACAGGAUAAUCGCUUGAACCCUAGAGGUGGAGGUUGCAGUGAGCCGAGACAGCGCCGUUGUACUCCAGCUUGGGCAACAGAGUAAGACUCUGUCUCAAAAAACAAAACAAAACAAAACAAACACCUCACCAUGAGUGCUAUAUGUGAAUAGAUAUUAAGUGCCAUAUAUAAUUCUCAGAAGAAGGGAGAAAUGAUCAUAGGACUGGGAAUUGUUUUGCAAACGUUCUAGGAGAUGUGAGAGAGAAUAUGUAACCACAUCUUAGUGGCCCAAGAAAAUACAGGUCUGAAGGGGUAAGAUUGUGUCUCUAUAGAGGUUCAAAGCAUACAGGUCAAUUAAGUAAGCCCCUCUCCCUCCAGAGCCAAGUUUCCCUAGCUUUUGGCACCUGGAUGCCACAGUCCUCCAUUAGGCUGAUGACUCCAAACAUGUAACUCUAGCCUCUUGCCUGAGCUUCAGACUCAUGUCCCACUGCCCCCAGGACACAUCCAACUGGAUGUGACUCACAGGUACCUCAAACCCAUCAUGUGGAGAUACUCAUCCUGUUCCCCCUAGAGCUGCUCCUGCUGCAUUCUCUCUCUCAAUUACUUGGACCACCAAGCUAGGAACCUGGGAGUCAUCCUUGAUACUUUCUCUUCCUCCUUAAUCCCGUGUAUUCAGCAAGUAACUAAAGGUUGGUGUUGGCCGGGCAUGGUGGCUCAUGCCUGUAAUCCCAGCAUUUUGGGAGGCCAAGGCAGGCAGAUCACUUGAGGUCAGGAGCUCGAGACCAGCCUGGCCAACAUGGUGAAACCCCAUCUCUACUAAAAAAAAAAAAAAAAAAAAAAAAAAAAAAAAAAAAUUAGUCGGGCCUGGUGGUGUGUGCCUGUAAUCCCAGCUACUGGGAAGGCUGAGGCAGGAGACUCACUUGAACCCGGGAGGCAGAGGUUGCAGUGAGCCGCGAUUGUGCCAUUGUACUCCAGCCUGGGUGAAGAAGUGAGACUCUGUCUUAAAAAAAAAAAAACUGGUGCUGAUAAAUAUCGAUGAAUUCUGCUCUCUGCUCUCCAUGGUUGUCAACACUGCAGCGUUGAGGCCUCAUAGCUCACCUGCACUGCUGCAACAGCUUUACUGGUCCCUUGCUCCCAGCCUUCUCCUCUUCAGUCCAUCCUCCACACAGCACUGGGGAAGAGGAGCCACUUGAAACAAAAGUCAACAACUGGCUGUAGUUCCUAAACGCAGAGCUGUUUGUGUCCCCUGUAUCUGGAAUGCUAUUAUGACCCACUACAUUUUUUCUUUCCUACCCCUCUUAAAACUCAGUUCAGGUAGCAGCUCCACUAGGAAGCCUUGGCUGACCAUAAUCCCAUUCAAUUCCAUUCCACCUCUUCGCAGGCAGUCUGGGGUUAGGGACCCUUUCUGUUUGCUCCCCAAAAUAAACUGGUUAUCUCUAGUAUUGGAUUUACAACAUUGUAUUAUAAUCUUCUGCUUCCAUGUGUGCCUUCUCUAGUAGAAUGUGAGCUCUUUGAGGCCAAGGUCUAUUUAAUUUGUUUGAAAAAUUCAUUGUUAUAUCCUCAAAGCCUAGCACAUAGUAGGUACUGAAUGAAUGAAUGAAUGAACAAGGGGUGCCAGGAGACCGCUACUCCCAGUCUUCCCAGAAACUGCCUAGGGCUUUGAGUCAUUUUAUGAAGCUAGGUCUUAUGUGUAGGCAACCUCCAGCUCACUAUGAACACUGACAGAAGAGUGUUUUCAUGUCUAUAAUCAAGAAUUCCAGAUACAUUCCUUUUACUGGACCUUGAAUUGAUCCUAAGGUUGGUAGUAAAGGUAUUAUAUUACCUCUUAACAGCACUACAAACUACCUUUUUUUAUCAGAAAAAAAUUUUACCAUUAGGACUCAAUUUGAAGUACUAAUGCUUCUCAAGUUCUCUACUAUGAGAGUUACCCUGUAUUAAACCGUUACCUAUAAGAAUUAAGGGGUAAAGCACUAAACAGAAAAGAAAAAAAAAUAGCAACUCUGGUGAGCGAUUUCCUUCCUUCCUUCCUUCCUUCCUUCUCCUCUUCCCAAUUUCCUCCCUUCCUUCCUUCCUUCUCCUCUUCCUACUUUCCUCCCUCCUUUCUUUCCCUCUCCUCCCCUUCUCUCCCUUUCCCUCCCCUUCCCUUCCUUUUCUUCUUUCCUCCCCUCCCCUCCCCUUCCCUCCCCUUCCCAUCCUUCUUUCUCUUUUUUUUCUUAAUCCCCAGUGUGAUAGUAAUAUAGGCCGAUUUCUAGAAGUGUGGUGUAUUACUCAUGGAAAGUGAGUUGCCUUGGUUCUUACUUUCAAUUGAAAGUUCUAUGGGAUCUAGAAAUGAAACAUACUGGCAUGGAGAGUGAGAACCACAAAGGAAUGAAGAGCUACAGGAGCAUUUAGGCCAUUUCUAUGCCAAGCUUAUUCUACAUGCACAAAAUCAUACAUGUUGAUAUAAACAAAAUUUGGAGGCUUCUUUAAACCA